AGCUCCAUCUGCAUGCAGAGAGAAACCUGAAGAAAACGCGCACUCAUCCAUCAUCCAAUUCCACUGAUCGCAGAAGUGAAUGCACCGCUCAUCUGGCCGCUGAACCGCCUGCGCUCUUCUUUGUGCAUCAGUCCUCCUACUAGAACAGAUUUCGCAUUAGCUUUGGCCACGGAUUCAGCGCCAGUAAGCUACUUUUGGAUACAUCAGUUACUCAAAACUAUCUACAAAUGAUUUACACAAUUUUGUAUUGCUGAGGUAUUUAAAAGAAAAAUGUAAUAUAUACUAUAUUGCCUAUUUGACAUAUUAGACAUACCUGUUAUGUGGCAAUAGCCGUCACCACUUUGGCGCACAAGAUACCACUGUGCGCAAUGGGAGAACAGGUGUAUUAUUAAGUGGAAGCCACAGGGCAGAAUGCUGCCUUCCGUUGGAUUUUCAGUGAUGGUCAGAAUACUCUUGGCUGAAAUUAAACCAUUCCAAAAUGGAUCUAAUGUGACGUUAAAGUUUACAAAUAAAGGUGGGAUGUGACACUAGUGUCCCCUAUCUCAACCCUGAGACAGACUCAACCCAGCCUCUUCCCUGUCAGUAUGGAUCUCUGGCCUCUCCUCCCAUCAUCCCCCAAUCUCUCCCUCCCCGAGCCCCUGUACUACGACAGCUACUUCCCAGGGAACGAGUCCGACCUGGGGUCCCGGAAUGACACUCCUGACGAGACCCAACAGGUCUUCGACAAGACCAGCUCCGUGGUCAUUACCUUCAUCUACUUCAUGGUCUGCGCCGUGGGCCUGACGGGCAACACCUUGGUGAUCUAUGUCAUCCUGCGCUACGCCAAGAUGAAAACAGUCACUAACAUUUACAUCCUGAACCUGGCCGUGGCUGACGUCCUCUGUAUGCUGAGUCUACCCUUUAUCGCCAUGCAGCUAGCCCUGGUCCACUGGCCCUUUGGCGCCGUGCUCUGCCGCCUGGUGAUGACCGUGGACUGCCUCAACCAGUUCACCAGCAUCUUCUGCCUCACGGUCAUGAGCAUCGACCGCUACCUGGCCGUGGUCCACCCCAUAAAGUCCACCAAGUGGCGGAAGCCACGCGUGGCUAAGAUCAUCAACCUGACCGUGUGGGGAGUGUCCCUGCUGGUCAACCUGCCAAUCAUGAUCUUCAGCGGUCUGAUGCCCAAUAAGAACCAGGCGUGGGUGUGUACCAUUGUGUGGCCAGAGCCUCAGGAGAACUAUCAGACGGCCUUCAUGUUCUACACCUUCUUCCUGGGCUUCUUCCUGCCGCUCACCGUCAUCUGCCUCUGUUACCUGCUCAUCAUCGUCAAGGUGAAGUCGUCAGGCGUGCGCGUGGGCUCAACUAAGCGUAAGCGCUCGGAGAGGAAGGUGACCAGAAUGGUGUCAAUCGUAGUUGCCAUGUUCGUGCUCUGCUGGCUGCCCUUCUACGUGUUCAACGUCACCUCGGUGACGGGCACCAUCAACACCACGCCCGUCCUCAAGAGCACCUUUGAGUUUGUGGUGGUGCUGGGCUACGCCAACAGCUGUGCCAACCCCAUCCUGUACGCCUUCCUGUCGGACAACUUCAAGAAGAGCUUUCAGAACGUUCUGUGCUUGAAGAAGGUGGCGGGCCUGGAUGAGGCGGAGCGCAGCGACAGCCGAAUGGAGCGGACGCGCAUGGUCAAAGACGCCACCGCAGAAACGCACAACGCAGCGCUGCUCAACGGCGAGCUGCAGACCAGUAUAUGACCUGUUUGCCAGAGUGUGUAAAGGGAGUGUGUGAGACAGUGUUUUUGUGCGUGCUUGCUUGCAUGUGUACGUGCGUGUGUGCAGGUAUGAAAUCCGCAUAGUACUCGGUUCAUCUGAGGUGGCCAUGAGGCUGUUUGUAAGUAUCGUCACCCUGAACAGAUGGAUGGUCCUCUGCCCACUACCAGAGUGUAUGUGGACGAGUUAGAUGGACUAGUCAUAUUAACAUCACUCUUCUAUAAACAGCUGGGCAGUGGCCCAGGCACCAAGUGGGUCCAUACUGUCUUUUACAACAUAACUGUCAAGAUCCGUCUUGGAAAACAGAGAAAAAGAUUGAUUUGAAGAAGACGAAAAAGAUCUAUCAUGUUUCAUUGACAUGGAUUGAUUCCUACUGUCUUGAGGGCAGGAUAUAAGAGAAAGAACACCUUUGAUAAAGCAUCUUAUUUAUUGAUAAGGAAGAUGUUACUCACCAAGUCAGAUCCCCUUUGACUGAAGCUGGAGACUAGAAUUUUGCAUCCAGGAAGGUUGGAAAUCCUAUCUGACUGCCUCCGUGAAGCUUCUCUGGCUUCAGACAAGACAAUCUCGUCUUGAUGUAUGUACAGUGCCUUCAGAAAGUAUUCACACCCCUUUACUUAUCCACAUUUUGUUGUGUUCCCGCCUGAAUUUAAAAUGGGUUCAAUUGAGUGUGUGUCACCGGCCUACACAUAACACCCCAUCAUGUCAAAGUUAAACAAGUAUUCAACCCCUUUGUUAUGGCAAGCAUAAAAAUGUGCUUAACAAGUCACAUACAGUAAUACGUUGCGUGGACUCACUCUGUGUGCAAUAAUAGUGUUUAACGUUAUUUUUGAACGACUACCUCAUCUCUGUACCCCACGCAUACAAUUAUCAGUAAGGUCCCUCAGUCGAGCAGUGAAUUCCAAACACAGAUUCAACCACAUUGACCAGUGAGGUUUUCCAAUGCCUCCCAAAGAAGGGCACCUAUUGAAUGGUUAAAAUAAAAGCAAAGCAGACAUUUAAUAUCCCUUUGAGCAUGUUGAAGUUAUUAAUUACACUUUGGACGGUGUAUCAAUAAACCAAGUCACUACAAAGAUACAGGCGCCCUGCCUAACUCAGUUGCCAGAGAGGAAGGAAACCCCUCAGAGAUUUCACCAUAAGGCCAAUGGUAACAUUAAAACAGUUACGGAGUUUAAUGCAUGUGAUAGGAGAAAACUGAGGAUCAACAACAUUGUACUGUAGUUACUCCACAAUACUAAACUAAUUGACAGACUGAAAAGAAGGAAGCUUGUACAGAAUAAAAAUAUUCCAAAACAUGCAUCCUGUUUGCAAAAAGGCACUAAUGUAAAACUGCAAAAAAAUGUGGCAAAGAAUUAACUUAAUGUCUUGAAUACAAAGCGUUAUGUUUGGGGCAAAUCCAAUACUACACAUCACUGAGUACCACUCUUCAUAUUUUCAUGCAUGGUGGUGGCUGCAUCAUGUUAUGGGUAUGCUUGUCAUCAGCAAGGACUAGGGAGUUUUUUAGGAUAAAAAGAAACAAGCUAGAGCUAAGCACGUGGAAAAUCCUAGAGGAACACUUGGUUCAGUCUGCUUUCCAACCGACACUGGGAGACAAAUUCACCUUUCAGAAGGACAAUAACCUAAAAUACAAGACCAAAUACACACUGGAGUUGCUUACCAAGAUGACAUUGUAUGUUCCUGAUUACGGUUUUGACUUAAAUUGGCUUGAAAAUCUAUGGCAAGACUUGAAAAUGGCUGUCUAGCAAUGAUCAAGAACCAACUUGACAGAGCUUGAAUAAUUUUUAAAAGAAUAUUUUACAAUCCAGGUGUGCAAAGCUCUUAGAGACUUACUCAAAAAGACUCAGAGCUGUAAUCCCUGCCAAAGGUGAUUCUAACACGUAUUGACUCAGGGGUGUGAAUACUUAUGUAAAUUGGAUAUUUCUGUAUUUAACUUUCAAUCCAUUUGCAAACAUUUCAACAACAAAAAAUAUAACUUUGUUAUUACUCCGUUUUGUGUGUAGAUGGGUGAGAAAAACAUAUAUUUAAUACAUCUUGAAUUGUAGCACAGGUUGUAACACAACAAAAUGUGGAAUAAGUCAAAGGGUAUGAAUACUUUCUGAAGGCACUGUAGACAUGGUUUUCUGUGAUGUGUGUUUGUUCUCCUUGUAAAACCCAGUUUAGUUUUGAUCACACACUAUGUUUACUGCCCCUUGUUGAAUGGUAGUAACCAUUCAUCUGUGGGAAGUCAUUACUCUCUGAUUUAUAUUUGGCUCAGACCUUAGAUGCUAGCACAGCCAAUAACGGGCAGAAUAAGAGAGGAUGCAUGCGAAUGAGAGAGAGGAGUGGUAGCAGCAAUGGAAAUAAUUGCUUAUUAUCAGUUUAUUGCUCUUUUUGUCCCUUUGCUUCUUCCUUUAUUUAUAGAAUUUCAGAAUAAGAGAACAGAAAAACAGUACAACAUCCCCAACCCCUAUCCACCCAUACACCCACCCACCCAUCCCUACCUCCUAUCCAUCCCACCCACCAAGGUAUCAUACAAGGUUAUCACAGAAAAGUCAAUUAAACAGGACCAAAACGUUAACAGUAAUAGAAACAAAAACAAUGGAAAAAGUUACAUAAAAUUCAUAAUUUAUAGUUGAAUCUUAUCAGCACAAUAUAUGGCCACUAGAACAGACAUGACUGCUUACUAAAAUAUACAAGUUACACUGUGUGAAAGACAGGCUCUCCACGUAUUGUAUGAAUGGGGACCAGGUUAAGUCUAACUUUUGUUGGGACCCAUGCACAGUGUACCUAACCUUUUCCAGAGGCAGAGAUGACAUUAACUCCUUAACCCACUGCGUAAGGAAGGCGGCUUUGCAGACUUCCAGUGAAAGAGGACAAUCUGGAGAUUGUGCCCUUCAGAUAGGGGUUAAGAUCUAAGCACUUCUCGACUGGACACUUAGCGUGGUCGACUGGAAAUGAAGGGACAUGUUUUUUAGCAAACUGUGAGUUUGCAGGUACCUAAAAAAGUGGGUGUUGGGAACAUUAUUGGUUAACCCUCAGAGUUUUGAAUGAGCCGAUGUGUCAAUCUGCGAUGCCGGGAAGACAUGAUUAGAUGUUAAAGGGGAGAAAGAAGCACUUUGGUUGUUUAAGGCAAUUUUCGGGAAUUGGGACCAGAUUUUUUAAGUUCUUGACAAUGGGAUUCAAAACAUGGGUGCCAAGGUUCAUGGGCAGUGGGGAGCACGGGAACGAGACAGGAGAAGUUGGAAGUCUUGACUGUAUCUCCAUGAAAGCCCAAAUUGGACCAUCCUUGUUUUCAAAUGUCGAAACCAAAUAAACACAUUUGGAUAUAUUUGCUGACCAGUGGUAGUGUAAAAAAUUGGAAAGGCCCAGCCCGCCUGCAGGUUUAGGUCUCUCUAGAUAUAUCUCUCUCAUUUGUGGAUUUUACUUAUCCCCAAACAGUGUCAGAUUGCAUCACAACCUAUCAAUGUCAAUAUGAUAGUGUUGGAAUAAGGCAGACGGGACUGAUCCCUUCUGUUAGUGAUCCUUUCACCUCACACACACACACACACACACACACACACACACACACACACACACACACACACACACACACACACACACACACACACACACACACACACACACACACACACACACACACACACACACACACACACACGCACUGUCUCCGACAUGGGCGGUUCAUAUAGCUACUGUAUACAGUUCAUAAUCUGGUAUAACAUUUUCCCUUCUGCUGUCAGCACAAGGUGGCUUAAAGGCGAUAUAUGCUCCUAGCAUAACCAAACUGUCAUGGGGCCAAUCUUGUUGAUACUCAGCAGAAUGAGUUGUGUGUCAGCGUCAAUUCAAUGCUUUCAGAGUGACGCUGAUGUUUUCUGAAUGGACAGCGUUGCAUCAUGGAGUGAUGAUACCUAGCCAAAGGAGCAGGGGAGCUAUAGCUGCCGUGUUUUGGUUGGUAGAGAGAUGGGUGGGCUUCAAUACCACAGUCCAAGGGCAACGUUGUUAUCUCUCCAAUGUGUACGGAUGGGGAAUCCAUGGUUAUGUGUUUGUGUGUGCCCGUGUACUUGCCUGCCUUCCUGUGUGUGUGUUUAAGUGUGUGUGUGUGUGUUUAAGUGUGUAUCUCAUGUAAUUUUCUCUGGAAGGCCUUAACGUGUUAGCAUGUGUGUGAGCCACAAAUUUCACAGCCCCAUUAAAGUGGUGAAAUCA